AUGUCGUUCGACUACUCCUCCCUCCCUCCUUCCUACUACUCCACCACCUCUUUCGCCGCCACCUCCACCACUACUCCGUCAGCGCCUCACAAGUCCUCGAAGACAAGGUCCAAAGACCGGGAUCGCUCUAUCGAUCCCGAGGGCGCUUCAUCCGUCUCUUCCAAAGAUCGAAAACACCACAAAUCAUCAUCAUCCAAACAUAAAUCCUCAAAGGAUAACAAAGACCCUUCAUCAUCAUCAUCUCGAUCCAAGGAUAAAGGCAAAGAUAAAGAAAAAAAGAAGAAAUCCAAACACCAUAAGAAGAAGGAUCGUAAAGAUUCUUCCUCUUCGUCCUCUUCUUCUGAACCAGAAGUAGACAAAAUGUCGAAUUCAUUCUCAAUGCAGUCUAUGGGAUCGUCGUUAUCCUCGUUGGCGAGUUCCCAUCGUGCACAACUUGCUGCUACUGCUUUGGUGUCGGGACUCGUGGUCGGUGGGACAAUAUUGGGUUAUCAGAAUAGUAAACGUCGGGUACGCACUCAGAUGCUGAAGGAAUCUAUAUCACAUAUAUCCGAUGAUGAAGCCGACGAAGCUAUGGAACGUAGCGUGGAUCUAUCCCACUUUCUCGCGCAUUCAGCUACUCCCUCAUCCACUUUCAACUCCACCACCUCUCAUCCUCCACCAUACACCCUCUCCUCAACCUCCAAUCCCACUCUCCCCACCACCAUACCAAGAAACUCCGAACACCAAUCCACACCAAGAUCUAUAACAGACGCCGAAUCCGCCGUCCUAGCCAAACGCGCACAAUCCCUCGCUGCCAAAAACAAACCAAUUCCGGAAGAAUUAAUCCUCGAACAACUCUCACGUAACCAUUCCUUCCUAGGAACCCAAGGUUUAAGAACCAUUAGAUCUUCGUUCGUGGUUAUAGUAGGACUUGGCGGUGUGGGAUCAUGGUGUGCUACCAUGUUAGUUCGUUCGGGGAUAGGGAGGGUACGAUUGAUUGAUUUUGAUCAAGUUACUUUGUCGUCGUUGAAUAGACAUGCGGUUGCUACUUUGGAAGAUGUGGGGACACCGAAGGUUCUUGCGAUGAAGAAAAGGUUGGAGGCUGUGGCGCCUUGGGUGGAGAUUGAAGCUUGUGUGGAGCUUUGGACGGAGAAGGAUGCGAAGAGGUUGUUGGAUGGUGAACCGGAUUGGGUUGUUGAUGCUAUUGAUAAUAUUGAUACGAAGGUUGAUUUGUUGGCGUAUUGUCAUGGUCAGAAGAUUCCGGUGAUUAGUUCUAUGGGUGCUGGCUGCAAAUCAGAUCCAACCCGCAUCCUCAUCGGUGACAUCUCAGAAACAACAGAAGACCCCCUCUCCAAAUCCACCCGUCGAAAACUCCGUCAACGUGGUAUCCCCACGGGAAUAACAGUCGUCUACUCCACCGAAAAGCCCGGACCAGGAAAAGCCCAACUCCUCCCCCUAGCAGAAGACGAACACGAAAAGGGAUCCGUCUCCGAACUCGGUGUCUUAGAAAACUUCCGAGUCAGAAUUCUACCUGUCCUGGGUACCAUGCCAGCAACAUUCGGAUUAGCAGCCGCAAACCACGUAUUAUGCAAAUUGGCGGAAUAUCCAUUGGAGUAUCUCCCCGGACAAACGAGGUUUCGACCGCAGUUUUAUGGACAGGUGGUUAAUCAACUUGUGGCGGUUGAAAGUAGGAUUAGAGAUAAUUUGCCGGGAUUGAAAGUUCCGGUUAGUGAAGCCGAUGCGGGGUAUAUAGUUGAAGAAAUAUUUGGAGGGAAAAGUGUUAUCAGCGGACUUGGGAAUAGAUUACAGCUUGUCAGGUGGUAUUCACCGAUUGGUAGUAGGUUCGACGAUGGAACUACCGGGGAAUAUACGAACGGGGAAGUUAAUGAAAAGGAGAUUAAGAAGAGGAUGCAGAAGGUUGGAGUGGGCAUCGAUGGUGCUAUAUUCCUUAAGUUAUCAGACCUGGUGGUUAUGACGAAGGAAGAAGUGAAGAUUCAUGAGAAACGAGUGUUAAUUGGUGGAGAGAGUCCGGUGACUGUUUGGGGCCAGGAAAUUCAGGAUUUAGUGGAGAAGAAGUGGAAACAGGAGAGGGAGUUUUCGCACUGGAGGGAUUGA